AAUUUGGUUUUCGAAUUAGUCGCGAUCGCACCGCAAAGGUGGAAAGAACAUUUUUGGUAUUGGAAUUGCGGAAGGCGUAGAAAUCUAAUAAAUAAACUGCUGCUGCGACUGCCAGUUUGAGAGCGCAGGCAAAGGCGUUAAGUGGUGUGGAACUGCCGGGCAAAGUGUUAAUGUCUUUUUUUUUACAUACUUGGGUGUUCACUGAAACAGACUCGACAAGCUGUAGGGGAAAUCGAGUGAAACGCGAACUUGAGUGAAAUAAAUGACAUGAAAAGUGAAAAUUGUUGAAUAAAAAUCGCAGUUGAGAAAUGCCUUAUAUAUUUAAUUUCAUUUAUAUUAACGAAAAUAUCAAGUGAUUAAUGAAAAAAUAAGACGUAAAUAAAAAUUGAUCACUCCUAACAAGCAAACAAGCGCCUUGUAAGAAGAUUAAAAACUUGUAAAGCAACUUGUACGACGUGCGCGCGUGUGUGUUUGUGUGUGUGUAUGUGCGUUAUAUGAAAAUGUACUAUGUGGCUAUGUACAACGCAAAGUGCUAGAAACUAGAACCUGUAUGUGCCUAUUUUCCAAAACAAAAAAAUUCUUACGGCUUUUAAUGCUUUUCUUAACUUCGUUUGAUAUUUUUUGCUUAUUUUUAUGAAAAGAAUUCUAUGAAACUUUGCAUUGAACGAGGCUGAAUUUGAAGAGAAAAAAAAAUAACAAAAACACAAACAAAAUGGUUGAACAAGAUAGUGUCACUAAAAAUCUACUCCACGACAAUAGGCAUGGCGGCGCUGGUGGUGGAGUGGCCAUUGUGCCAGCUGGCGGCAGCAGUCCACAAAGCAGCGGCGGCAAUGUUGCGGCCACUGUUGCUCCCGUGAGCAUCCUGAAGACGCAAAUUGUGCCGGCACAGCCGAAAACAUUGCAACACUUGCCCAAACGUCCAGCAGUCGACUUGGCAUUCCACGAUCUCACAUAUCGCGUGAAGGAGGGCAAUCGCAGCAAUGCCAAGACUAUACUCAAAGGCGUCAGUGGUCGCUUGCGCUCCGGCGAGCUUACAGCUAUCAUGGGACCAUCCGGUGCUGGGAAAAGUACCUUGCUCAAUAUACUCUCCGGUUACAAGUAA